AUGGCGCUCGCGGUCAGGAGCGCCAGCUGCCCCACGCUGGCCGAGCGGCGCGCGGCCACCGCCCCCCGCGGCGAGCAGCGGCCCGGCACGGCCCCGCAGCCCCCGGAGGCGCCCAGGGCUCGGGCGCUGCCGCCGCGCCCGGGCACCGGUGCCUCGGACGGCGCCUCGGGCGCGCAGGCCUUUCGGCUGGCGGCCGAGCGGGCUCAGGGUCUCUUGCCGCCUCCUGGCAGCGGCGCCGAGCUGAGGCGCGUGCAGCGCGUGUGCUCUGCGCCCGCGGAGUCGCAGUCUCUCAGGCUGGCGGCCGAGCUGGUCCGCAGCAGGCCUCUGAGCCGAGCCGAGCCUUCCAGGCUCGCCAGGGCCUCGACCGCGCCGCAGCAGGAGGUCUCCCUGGACUUCCUCUCCCCCGCGGCCCUCACCGCGUGGGACCACGCCGGCGUCGACCCGAGCGCCCUGUCCUGCCCCGCCUCCUCCGGGCCGCGGGGCACCCCGGCGGCGGCCUCUGGCGGCCCGCUCGCGCUGGGCGGCGGCGGUCCGCUCCUGAGCUCGCCCGCCUCCGCCACGUGCCAGGCCAACCUGCUGUCGCAGCAGCGCUCCAUGCAGAUCGAGGCGGUGAUGCGGCACCCUGCAGCGCUGCAGCGGGGACCCGACGACGUGGCGCCCUCGCAGGGGCAGAGCGCUGCGGGCCUGCCGGAGCACCCUGCUCUGGGGCCGUCCUUCGAGGAGGAUCUCAGGAGCUUUGAGGCGCAGGCCGUGGAGUUGCGACGCCGCCUGAUGAUGGAGCACGUGGGAGUCGAGGAGGAUGUCGAGCGGAGGCGCCAGGAGGCCGAGGCCGAGAAGAAGCGCCAGCAGGACGAGCGGAUGAAGCAGCUGAAGGAGAAGCAGCGGCACGCCAUGACGCCCAAGAAGCGCGUGGACGCCCGGCUGCAGGAGCUGACCGAGAAGGGCUGGGUUCUCGAGAUGUCGGGCUUGAAGAUUCCGAUGCAGGGCUUCCGCAGCGCCGGCGCGCCAGGAGGCUGCGCCGAGCACAUCGAAUUGGUAGACGUGCCAGCUCUCAAGGGCCGCUGCCUGCUCCUCGGCAUGGGCUCCACGGGCAGCCAGGUGAAGAGGAUGCUGACGAGGCGCUCGCAGGAGAGGCGCUGGGAGGCCCUGGCCAAGGAGGGCGCACGCCGGGCGCCAGAGCGCGCGGUUCUGAGCACCGCCGAGCAGGGCCGCCAGCUGCCGACGCUGCUCACAGGGCCGUCUCCGACAGAGUGCUUUGGCGACCGGCACGCCCAGGGCACCGGGCCAGGCCACUCGCGCCCGGAUGCCCCCGACGUCGCGAAGUCCGCACACCGAUCCAGGUCCAGGUCCACGUCCGUCGUCACGCUCGUGGCGACGGAUCUCCUCCAUCCGGACAUCACCUCGGGUAUGCGCGCGUCGCGCCGCAGCUCGUUCGGUGGGCUUCCCGGUGCUGCCACGCGCCGUGGCUCGGUGUCGGCGGAGCUCCUCCAUCCGGACAUCACCUCGACGAUGCGCGCCUCGCGCCGCAGCUCGUUCGCUGGGCUUCCUGGCGCCGCCACGCGCCGUGGCUCGGUUGCCAGCGUGGUGGGCAACUCGCGCCGCUCCUCGAUGUCGGGCGCCGGCGGCGCCUCUAGACUCGGAGGACGCAGGAUGAGUGCUGUCGGCCGCCUCGAGACUCGCAGGGCGCACAAGAACCCGGGCCGGCUGGGCAGGCUCGGGCUGGCAGCCCGCGGGGUCCUCUUCCUGGCGUCCCUCAUCAACGGGGUCAGGGAGCGGCGCCGAGCGGCGGACAUCGUGGCGCACUUCUGCAGGCACGUGGCCGAGAUGGGCGGCCUGUCCCUGAGCAUCCGGAUGCUCAUGGGGCGCCUGCGGAGGCUGCAAGUCCACACGCGCCGGUUCCUGACGCGGCGGGCGGUGUGGUGCGAUCGCGCCACGGGCGUGUGGGAGAAGUUCGAGGACGAGUACUUGGAGAAGACGGUGGGUCUCUGCUACCAGCUGCGGGCCCAGCAGGCGCAGGCGAGCACGAUCACCAACAAGGCGGGGGCUUUCGCGGCCUCGCGCGGCGGACAGGCAGGCAACCAGCGCUCGUGGAUUGAAGAUGUGGAGAGCAUCGUGGCCCAGCAGGAGGACUGGAAGGCCUUCAGGAUACCCGCGGCGCAUCGGAAGACAGCCCUGGGGCGCUGGUACAUAUCACGCGUGCGUGAGAUGGUCGCGAGCCAGCAGCGGUGGAACAUGCUGAUCGAGGCCGUGAGCGCCAGCCAGGCCAAUCUGCAAAGUUGGCUCGAGGUUUGCAGCGUCAGCACGCCAGGGAAGAAGCCCGCCACGACCAAGUCCAUGCAGGAGCUGGAGAUGGAGAGGUGCGGGUACGUGCGCGAGAGGAGCACUCUGGCAGACUACGUCGCCUUCGGAGAGCAGGAGGCCCUGGAGCUCAUCCGGGCCACCGCCCGGGAGCUGCGCGAGAGCCCCGGGCUGGCGCUGCAGCAGCACCCCGCAAACCGAGAGGAGCUCCUCAACCACUUCGAGGAUUGGGAGCCCGGCGAGGGGUCUAGCGGCGCCCCUGCGGCAGUCCAGUCGUUCCUGCUGGCCGGGGGCCCGUUCGCAGGAGACAUGCAGCAGCACUCCGCGAACGAGAAGACUCCCGACAGGUUCGCGUCAAGCUCGCGCAAGCGCGCCUCAGGUGCGCUCAGCAACCUGCGCGAUGGCAGGCUUCUGCGGGCUUCCAAGGAAGGCGCCUUCUUCUCCACCUCCGACCUGCGCACGAACUCGCCCCUCGCCCCGCAGCGCGAGGAGGUCGUGGAGGUGGGCAACGAGAUGGCCAUCGGCUUCUGUGUGUUCGGUAGCUGCGUGCUGGUCGUGCUCUUCUUCAUGAUGCACUGGCUGAUCUACGUCGUCAUUUUUGGCUUCUGCGUCGGCGGCGUGUCCACCCUCUCCGAGCUUGGCAGCGCCGUGCUCCAGUACAGCGUCCCCUCGACCAAGGAGCAGUUUUGCACCAUCCCGUAUCUCGAGGAGUCACUCAAGAGGGCCGACAUCAUGGCGUUCGUGCCAGCUUUGACGCUGGUCAUCAGCUGGGUGAUCACUCGCAAUGGGGACUUGGGCUGGAUGUUUCAGGACCUCAUCGCCGCGGCCUUCCUGUGCUGGGUGCAGCGGACCCUGCGCCUGCCCAACAUGAAGAUCGCCUCCCUCCUCCUGGUGAUGAUGUUCUUCUUCGACAUAUUCUGGGUCUUCAUCUCCCCGCUCAUCUUCCAGGAGAGCGUCAUGAUACGCGUGGCGAGAGGCGGCGACACCGGCGAGGCGGUGCCGAUGCUGCUGAGGGUCCCCUCGUUCGGCGACCCCCUCGGGGGCUACCGCAUGCUUGGGUUCGGGGACAUCGUGCUGCCAGGCUUGCUCAUCUCGUAUUACAGGCGCCACGACGUGCUCAGCAGGCCCGCUUGGGGGAGGAGCAGGGGCCCAGCGCGCUGCUGGCGGCGGCGCAGCAUCUUUCAGGGCUACUUCUUGCCGGGGGUGGUCGGCUAUUUCCUGGGCCUGUGUUGCACCAUCGUGGCCCUGGUGGUGAUGAAGCUCGGCCAGCCGGCCCUGCUCUACCUGGUGCCGGGCACACUCGGCACAGGCCUCGUCGUCGGUUUCCUGCGCGGCGAGCUGCCGCAGCUCUGGGAGGGCGUGCCCGUCAAGGGCGGCGGCGACGGGGGCCUGCACGACUCCAACAUGCACGAGCCAGCCCUGCCGAAGAUGGAGGACGGCAUCUGA